CUCAGUCCGAACGUAACGUUCCUACUGAGCAUUGUCCUUCCAUCAUUUCUGUUCGCAUUUAUUAGCAUAUGUAAAUAAACAUUAAUUUACAUAUUGUCAUGAUAUCCGGUGGAAAGUGGUGGGGGUACACCAUCCUCCCAAUUUUUACCCUGCUUUCCUGCACCCCACAUUUGUGGUCACCCGUGGAAGCGUACCGACCCCAAGAAAUCAUUUUAUACUCGGAACAGAAUUUCACCGGAAAACAGAAAAGUUUUUACGAAAGUCAGUCCAACCUGAGUUCCGAUUCGGUGGGGAAGAUUGCUAAAUCACAUUGCGUCGUGAGAGGAUUAUGGCGAGUCCUCGGAACCUUUAGCACCACGCCGACAGCCCGAUUUAUCGAAAAUGUGUAUGGCGAUGGGAAAAAUGGAAAAGUUUGUGGGACAUGGAACACUCCAAAUGUAACGGCCGAGUACAACUCGAUUCUUCUAAUUGGGUCACAAGACUUGGACACGCCAGCCAUCCAGUUUCACACGAGGGCCAGAUUUUACGGGGAACCCGACCUAUUUUUGGACGGGCGCAUUUUAAGACUACAAAAACCCAUGAGUUUCUCAUCCUACGGAUUCACAGGGAGACAUAAUUGGACCCUGUUUCGCACGACGGAUUUGACCGGUCAUUCCGAAUGCUUGGUGGCGAACGGUGACCACGCGGGGGAUUUUAUGGUGACCUUCAAUGUGAACAAGAGCAUGACGGUGGGCUCGAUUUGGCGCGGGUGUGGGGCCUUGGACCCAAAAGUGUUGGGCAGGCAGGCAUUAGAAGGUGGUGGUGGUGGUGGAGGGCGAACUUAUUCAGCGACUGGGUUGAUGCUGGUGGGGCAAGGACUGCUUAUCUUUGUAGGAAUCUAUAUUGGCCCAUUUUACUCUGAUGGGAAUGUCGGGGUUUUCUAGGGAUAUUUUAUAUGAUUCACGUGUUUGAGAAGAAAUAAAAUCUAUGUAACGGACGGAGUAAGUUUUGUAUUAGAAAGUAUUUCAUAUGAAUGUAGGUAAGGUGGAAGAAUUAAGCGUGUUAUUUAUUAUUACCAGUGUAACAUGCAAGGCAAAUAAACUAUACGUGCUGGAAGGUUUGAGGUGGUCAUAAACGCUACGAUAUUUCAUGCAUUUUCACAUUUUCGUGGAAGGAAAUUAAAAAAUAUUACAUUUCCAAUUUCAUAAAGUCAUAAAUUAACAAGGAAACUUUUCUAAGCGAAGGACAGGCUUCUCUGAUUCUGAGAAGAACUAACCAAGACAACGGAUAUCAUAUGCACACACGGAUUUUCAUGCACGCAUCUUUCGUCAUAACUGGUUAUUCCUUAAAUCCAUUCUAAUCUCAAGUAUGGUUUGCAUCCUAUUACGACCACUUUCAUAUCAUCAUCAUCUCUGUUUAGCGCAUCUCGCAUCCGUUAUGCUUAUGUACAACAAAGAGUUAGUGUUUAAGGGAUGCACUUUGUUAUGACGUCAAUGCAUUUAUGUAUGCAUCAUGCUGCAUACAUGUGCGUAGCGUUAACUUGAAAUCUAGUUACAGGGAUUGUCAUAAACGUCCUCGAUUACCACGUAUUCCCACUCCAAUUGCCACCAUAAUGUUUAUUAUUGGUAUGUGCAUGCAUAGUAAUCACUUUCUCAGUAAAUAAAUCUAAAACUGAUGCACGGUGCUAAUCCCAUAUAAAGUUUGGAAACAAGAUGACGAAUCCUCAUUCUGGGUUUGUUAUCUUAUCAAGCAACAUAAUUUUAGACCGUCAAAAAUCAUGGAGUUCACGUUAGAAAACGACAAGUUUGUGAACAUGACAGUGUUGGAAGUUUUGCGGCACGACUUCCAUUUUCCGGGUCAUUUGCUCCCAGGGACGGCGUUUCUACUCAUGGGCUUCUGGUGGAUUUACAACGCCCUCGACAUCUACUUUUCCGAUUAUAAGGACACCGACGCGUCUGAAAAUGCGUGUCUGAUGCGAGAUUGUGACCCCGACUUGGAAAUGAAUUUGAGCAAAAAUUCGGCAAGUAUACGACGCCGAACGUUUACUGCUACGUAUAACGGAGAAAUGCCGGGGUUAUUGCAUUGUGAAGGAUUUUAUAAGCUUUUAUAUGCCAGCGUAGACCUCGGUUGUCACGUCUGGGUCGUAUGCAACGGAGGAAAUCCAAUCGUUGAGGGUCAGCACAUGACGAUCUACAUUUUUUUCAUCAUCGACGCCUUCGUAAAUAUUUUGCACCACACGAGACUGGGUUGCCGAUUUCCAAAGGGGACAGAAUUCAUUCUACCGUCGAUAACCUGGAUCGUAUUUGGCUUUCUCUUCCUGUCCCAUAAACAUGGAAAAGAUGCGAUUCAGAUUUACUACCAUAGCACACUUGCCUGGGUCGCAAUCAGUGUGGGCGUCAUGUCCCUGGUUCAGUUUAAAUAUGAUGAACAAGUACUGGUCGCAUUGGUUCGGGGGAUUUCCUGUGCGUUGGCUGGAUCCUGGUUGUACCAGAUUGCAUUCUCAUUUCAUAAUCCGUUGAAUGGGAUAACCCAAAUUUACGUGCAGCAAGCUAUGGAGAACCACUCGCCUGAACAUGACCACAAUACAGUGCUGGGAGUUAUGAGAGCCAGCUCAUAUCUGACGUGGCAUCUAAUUGGCAUUAUCUUAAUAGUUGGAAUCCUAUAUAAAUUUGUGUCUGAGAGGAACACAUCAUCAGCCAUUUAUUACGAAAGGAUUGGGUGUUGUUAAAUCUAUAAAAUAAUGGGUAUUUAAGCAAUAAGGAAAAUAAUUAAGAAUUUUUUAAUUAAGUAUUAUUAGUUCGAAAGACUGAUUAUUUCUAGAUUUGUACGAAAAGGUUUGUAAUUUACACGUGUCUAUGAUCUCAAAUUAAAAUAUUUAACGUAUUAUAACCGCACGGUUAAAGAAUUUGAAAAAGUAUUUAUUUCAUUUUAAUAUUCACAAGAGUCGAGAGCGACAAAGCUUAAAACUGAUUUGAGUAGAAGUUUGAAUAAUAUUGCAUAUUUAUGUUGUACUUUGGUAAAAUAGAUACACAUUUGACGUCAAAUAUUGGCAAUUUGUCACAUUUACUUAAUUCGUCUGAAACUAUUGCUUGUUUCACCCAUAAGAAUUAUUUGAUAUGAAUAUGAUUUUUAAACAUUGAUACAAUUAAAUUG